GUGUGUUAAGAUUGAUUUCAGUUCUCACUCCCAUGACUGUGAACACAGGCAUCUCUCCAGCCAGGAGGUGCAGGAAGAUGUGAAAAAGUGGAGAAUGUAGAAAAUGUGCAUCUGUAAACGAGAGAAGAGAUUUCUGAGCAGAGAAGCCUGGACACUUAGCGUCAACCCCAAGACCUUCUGCGAAAGGAAGUGGUUCCUGCCGCCUUCUGACCACUUCCGCAAGGCGCCGGCUCCCUCCUCUCGAGCAGUCAGCAGCAGAUGUCCCCUCGUGACACCUGGACUCCAGGGACUAAGAAGGAGGUACGCCCUUUGCAGGUUCUGUGGCUGCCAUGCAGCAGCCCCUAAACUACCCGUACCCCCAAAUCUACUGGGUGGACAGCAGGGCCCCCUCCCCUUGGACUUCUCCAGGGACAGUCCUCCCCUGUCCCUCCUCGGUGCCUAGAAGACCUGGCCAGAGGAGGCCACCGCCACCGCCGCCACCACCACCACCAACACCGCCACUGCCACCCCUGCCUCCACUGCCACUGCCACCUCUGAAGAAGAGCAGGGACCACAACACAGGCCUGUGUCUCCUUGUGAUGUUUUUCAUGAUCCUGGUGGCCCUGGUUGUGCUGGGGCUGGGGAUGUUUCAGCUGUUCCACCUGCAGAAGGAGCUGGCCGAGCUCAGAGAGUCCUCCAGCCAAAGGCAUAUUGAAUCAUCUUUGGAGAAGCAAAUAGGUCACCCCAAUCCAAGCUCUGAAAAAGGGGAGCAGAGGAAAGUGGCCCAUUUGACAGGCAAGCCCAACUCAAGAUCCAUCCCUCUGGAAUGGGAAGACACCUAUGGAAUUGCCCUGGUCUCUGGGGUGAAGUAUAAGAAGAGCAGCCUCGUGAUCAAUGACACUGGGCUGUACUUCGUGUAUUCCAAAGUGUACUUCCGGGGUCAGUCCUGCAAGAAACAGCCCCUGAACCACAAGGUCUAUAUGAGGAACUUGAAGUAUCCCCAGGACCUGGUGCUGAUGGAGGAGAAGAUGAUGGACUACUGCACUACCGGCCAGAUGUGGGCCCGUAGCAGCUACCUGGGUGCGGUGUUCAAUCUCACCAGUGCUGACCAUUUAUAUGUUAAUGUGUCUGAGUACUCUCUGGUGAAUUUUGAAGAGUCUAAGACAUUUUUUGGCUUAUAUAAGCUCUAAGCGCACUUUGGGGUUCUCUCCAUUAUGGCUCCUUGAUACAGGCACUGAGAAUGUUGUCUUGAAGGAGGGUCUUCUUAAGCCCACUUGAGGUCAAGUGAGAAGACAUAAACCAAGAGGAUUCUGAGACCACAGAGUCCAGCAGGUCUACGGUUCCCCAUCUCGCCCAAGGUCCAUGAGCCAGACAGGAUGAGGAAGAUAGCUGGUGAACAUAACACUCUGGGCUGCAUGUCAAAAUGCAAGAUGGGCCAAAGCAGCUACCGGGGUGUUCUACACUCAGCUUCAGAGGCAAAGAGUGUUUGGGCACAUCGCAAUGGACACCUUCUAACUCACCUCUUGCGGUGGGUCUACUGUCUACCUCAGGGAGGCUGUUUUUCAGUUGUAAGGGAUGGAAAAAGGUGACUAAGCUCAAGAGACUGAAAGGCCGGUGUCCCAGUGACAGCAUUUUUACUUCUCAAGCCAUAGCCUGAGCUGCCAGGUAAAGCAAAUAGAAAAGCUAGGGAUAUCUUUGGGGGAUGCAGUCCAUUCCCUAUACAGCAUGUAUGUUUCCAGAGCAAUGGUAGGUGUGGGGGGUGUGUGUGUGUGUGUGUGUGUGUGUGUGUGUGUGUGUGUGUGUGUGUGAUUAGGAAAGCUACCUAAAUAGGAAGAACAUGUUAGGGAAAUAUGGGAUGCAUUUGGUGUCAGUUUCAAAUGCUUCUUGGCAACCAACUCUAACAGUCCUCUAAUCUUGGAUUGUCACCUAGUGAUGCUGUUUUCCUAUAA